AUGCUUCCCACCAGGAAACCAUCUUUCCAGACUGGUUUGUAUCUGGAUGGGGCAGGUGAGUGGAUGUGAUGUGUGCACAGGCCGAGGUGGUUAACAAGCAAAUACACUUUCUCCACUCUCUUUUUUCUUGUCUUCUCACGGGAUAUUGAUGCCAGUGGCGAUGCUGGAAACCAAGUCUUGAAGAUGGAACGGCCACAAAAAGGAAGGAUCUGAACCCAGGCCACCAGUAGCAGAGCGCGUGCACUUAACCGCUAAGCCCUGUGGCCGGCCGGAGCGAGUUUUUUUUUUACUUUCACUACCUGUCAGUCUUGGGUUAGCAGGUGUUCUUCUAACUCACUUGCUAUCCUCACUUAGGAAUGCAAAGUGAUGGUGACUCAAUAAUUUAGAAUUUCGCUGGUCUCUGUGGCAGUGGAAAGGAGGUGCUGGAAAAUACACCACGUGUCUGCUCAUAUUUCACUGACCCAAGCAAAUUAUAUGGCCAUGUCCAAAUUUAGGAGGAUGGAAAGUUCAAUCCAGCUGUGGCAGAUUGUGUAGUUGUUUUAGGAAAUAAUUUUCUCUUGUUCUCUGCCCCAGGAACAGAGUCUUCCGCCAUCCUGAUUUUGUAACUUGCUUUGGCUGAUGCAAUGUGGGCGGAAGUGACAGCAUCCUGUUCCCAGGCAGAGGCUAUAAAAGGAGUCUCAUGUUUUCACCUUCUCUUUUGCACUCUACCGUACAGCAAUGGAAGGGCAGGCUCCCAGGAUCCAUUAGUUCUUCGUUCAGGCUCCUGGUUUGAGAGACGUGUGACGCUGAUCUAGAGCCUGGAGCAAAGCCCAGCGGAACCACUGCUGAGCCAAGACAAAUCACAGAACGGCUGAUCCCAAAGUUGUGAGAUGGAGAGUAAAUACAAGGAAAUCCUGUUAUUGACUGGCCUGGAUAAUAUCACUGAUGAGGAACUGGGUCGAUUUAAGUACUUUCUUCCAGAUGAGUUUAAAAUCCCCAGAGCAGAACUAAAAAAUGCCAAUAGGACGGAGUUAGCGAACUUGAUGAUUCAAAACGUUGGUGUAGUCUCUGCGAUGAUGAAGACCAUACGUAUUUUCCAGAAGCUGAAAUAUAUGCAGCUGGCAAAAACUCUUCAGGAAGAGAAGGAGAAAGUCGAUAAGAAAUACAACGAGAAAAAAGAAACAAAGCUAGUGAAAAGGAAAAGUCAAACUGAAAUGAGCCCUGGUGCCUCUGCAGCUCCCAGAAAUAGUGGCAUGGAGCAACAUACUGGUCAGAAACAGAUCGUGGCCCAGCAGGAAUCUGUCAGGGAAGAAGGGUUGCAGAAAGGCCCUAUGACCGUCAUGGUGCUGAAAGCAAUGAAGCUGUUCAAAUUUGAGACCCGAGAAGGGAAGCAAGAGAUGUUUCAUGCUACGGUGGCUACUGAGAGUGAAUUCUUUUUUGUAAAAGUUUUCAACAAAGAGCUAAAAGAUAAAUUCAUUCCAAAGAAAAUAAUUAUAAUAUCCAAAUAUUAUUGGCGCACUCAUUUCCUAGAAGUGAAUAGUGCCUCACUUGUGGUUGAUGCCAGAUCUGACCAACAGAUCAGUGUCCCACAGCACAUUAUCAAAAAAGCUGGUAAAACCCCAGCCAUCAAUGAGCUUCAAACUCAGCCCCUUGGAACAAUUGUGAAUGGGCUGUUUGUAGUCCAGAAGAAAACGGAACGGAAGACUCGUAUAUUAUUGGAAGUAAACAACAAGACAGGGAGGAUGGAAGUAUUGGUGCUUGGAAAACAGAAUAAAAUCGAAUGUGAAGAAGGGGAUAAACUUCGCCUUACGUUCUUUGAGAUAUCAAAAACUGGAGACAAACCACAGGUGAAAUCUGGAAUUCACAGUUCCUUUAAGGUUAUUAAGGCAAAAAAACUGAAAUGAAAAGGAUCGAUUCAGGUCAACUGGUCUAAACAACGUUUAAUUGAAGAAUACCUGACAAAGUCUCUUCAACCAGAUUGUGAGCUACCUGAGAGCAUCAGUACACAGGCUCUGCGCCCGCCCCCCCAAAUUAUUCAAGAUGGGAUAAUUGCUGGAUGAACAAUUCCAAAGAUUCCACAUAUUAGCACAAUAAAAGUUCAUUUCUCAUUCAUUGCAGUCAGGUUUAGUUUGGCGUAAGGAUAGGGCUUUGCUCUAUGUAGAUAUUCAAGGAUAUUAUAGUUGUUCCAUCUCUGUUGAAUAAAUAAAAUGAUUCGUGGAAAAUAUGUACUAUAUGUAGUUACACAAGUCAAUAUACACUAAGGAUAUAAAUAACCAAAUUCACAGGAGAAAAAAUAUGAAAAGCUAGUAACAUGAAAAGAUUGUCAAUCUCACUAAUAAUCUGAGACACAAUUAAACAAUGAAUAAGACUCUGCUUCCACUUAGAAUGCAGAAAGUGAGAAAGAGUCUUGCUCCCAUGCUUACAGCAACAAAAGAAAGCCAGAUGAUCUUGCAAAAUCACAAUGUUUUUGAACCCAUCUGAGAACAGAGGCUGCAGAGUGAGCAUCUAAUAAAAAAAUCUAAGGAAAGAGAGACACCUCCAAGGAGAGAAACGGUGCAAGCACUUGUUCACUUGGGGGGAGAUGAUAGACACUAAAUACCCCACAAGAUAGAAGAAUUCAUCUAAAAAUUUUAUUGCAUUACUCAAGCUUGACCUUGGGCCAGCAUGAAAAUAUAGAACCACUGGAAGCUUCAACCACAAGGAGAAUUUGCAACCACUUACAGGCACUUCUGAGUGGAUCUCAUUGGAUGAUUGUAAGAAAGAUUAAGGAUAGGCCUGGGGGAGGGAAAGGUUAGCUAUUGUGGGAAAGACAUGACGCCCUGGCUGAAUCCUUCCCUACAGAACAGAAAGACCUCUGGGGGAAGAGAAGCAAAUUCUGGCAUCUCUAGGGCACAAAUGAAGACCCAUUGAUCCAGAGUAAAGAAAAAUUGUUCUAUUCCUAGAGAAAGGGAAGAAAUAGGUUCUGGGUGCAGAAUAAGGAGUUCUCCUACAGUCGGGAGAGGAACAGGAUCAGGGGUGAAAGUCCCACCCCUAAGACUCAGGGACACAGUGCCUGCCAAAAACUGAGGCUGAACCGGGACAAUAGGGAACUCCCCCACCACACUCCCUGCAACCUGCUGCUUACCACCAGGCUAAAAAAGCACCAAAUAGCAAGUCACAGCAUUUAACUGUUAGGGGACAGUCAAGAACAUGUACAAAAACAUUUUUUUAGGUUCAGGUGUAAAGGGAAGAAAAGCUGAUGAUGUACCACUAGAGGAAUUUGAAGCAUGUGGUGCACUGAGAGUAAAUAGAAACAACAAAUGUCAAACCCAGCUCUACUCCUGACCAAAUGGAUUCAACCACCAUGGUAAAUCAUAGCAAAAAGAAUCCAUGUCCAUUUCCAGGCAUAAAUACUAUUCACCUCAAUCUCUAUUGUCACAGAUGGCUUUCAAUAAAAAUUGCAAGGCACACAAAGAAGCAGAAAAAAAAUCUGUGAAGAGACAAAUCAAUCAAAAGAACCAAAGUCAAAUAUGAUAUAGAUGUUGGAGCUCUCAGGUAGUUUUAAAAUAAAUGGACAACAUGCAUCAUCAGAUGGAUAAUUUCAGUAGUAAAUUGGAAAUAAGGGAAAGAAUGAAAUGGAAAUGCUAGAAAUGAAAAACAUCAUUACAGAGCCGAAGAAUGCCUUUAACCAGAUCAUCAGUAGGCUUGGCACAGCACAUGAAGGAAUGAAUGAACUACAGAUAAAUUAAUAAAAAUUAUUUAAAUGGAAAUACAAAGAGAAAAAAAUGAAAAGAAAAAGUCAGAUUAGAGUAUCUAAGAGAUAAGGGACAAUAUCAGGCAGUUUCAAAUAUCUGUAAUUGGAAUCCCGGAAAGAGAACAAAGAGAGAAUGAGGCACUAGGAAUAUUCAAAAAGAGAUAAAGGCAAAGAAUUUCUCCAAACUAAUAAUAGACUCCAAAUUACCACAGAUCCAAGAAUCUCAGAGAACAUCAAGCAGAAUAAAUAGUAAUAAUGAAAUAAUAAUAAACCACACACACACUUAGAUAUAUCAUAUUCAGACUUCCAAAAGGUAAAAGAUAAAGCGAGAAUCUUGAAGGCAGCCAGAGAGAAAAGAGACACAUACACACGUGUACAGACAUAAGAAUUACAGCAGACUUCUUGUCAGAAACUACUUGAGCCGGAAGACUAUGGACUGACAUCUUUAAAGUUCUGAAAGAAGACAAUUGUCAAACCAGAAUUCUAAACCCAGUAAAAAUGGUCAAACAUGGAAGAGAAAUAGACAUUUUCCAACCAAGGGAAACUGAAAUAGUUUUUGCAUAUUGGAACUGAAGUAAAAUAAAUGUUAAAGGAAGUGUUUUAGGUAAAGCAAGAUAAUACAAUACAGAAAUUUAAGUCUAUACAAAGGAAAAAAGUACACUAAAGCUGAAGGUAAUGUAACACUUAUUUUUUCUUAUUGUUAAGUGAUCUGGAUGAUAAGCAAUCUUCAAAAAGAGGAGUUGGCAAAAUCUUUCUGUAAAGGACCAAAUAGUAUGUGUUUUAAACUGUAUGGGCCAUAUGGUCUCUGUUACCCAUGCUGACCUUUGCACUGGCUGCAAAAGCAGCCAUAGACAGUCCAUAAAUGAAUGCGCAUGUUCACGUUCCAAUAAAAAAGUAUUAUGAACACUGAAA